GGCAGCGGCGGCGGUGGUGUAGGCGGCGGUUGGGGGGCGGGUGGCGGUUGGAGGCGGAGGCGGCCCAGCUGAGGGGCGGCCGCGCUCACUCGCUCCCUCACUCCCUUGCGCUGACAGGCAGCAGGCCGGAGGCCUGGACGAGGCCGGGAAGUUUGCGGCGGAGCCCGGCGUGAAGCGGCGCUGAGGCGAAGCCGAGCCUAGCCUCCGCCGCCUGAGGAGAAGGAGGCGCCGCCGCCGCUGUUGCUGCGAGUCCCCGGCCACGCCGAUGACUACUGCAAACUGCGGCGCCCACGACGACUUCGACUUCAAACUAAUUUUCGGGGAGGACGGGCAGCCGCCGCCACCCCCGCCCCCGGGGCCCGCAGAUACUGAACCAGCUGAUUGUGCAUCCAUUUACAUCUUUAAUGUAGAUCAGUCUCCAUCAACUGUAAACCAGCCAAUUUGUAUUCCUCACCAUGGAUUACAGUCUCACACCUCAGUUUUGUCACCACCUCUUCAGCUGCAAGGUCACAAAAACUAUGAAGGAAUUUGUGAGAUUCCUGAAUCUAAAUAUAGUCCACUAGGUGGUCCCAAACCCUUUGAAUGCCCUAGUAUUCAAAUUACAUCCAUUUCUCCCAACUGUCAUCAAGGAAUAGAUGCUCAUGAAGAUGAACUGCACACAAAUGGCUCAGAAGGUGAUUAUUUGGAAAGACCUUCUAGGGAUCAUCUCUAUCUUCCUCUUGAACCAUCAUACAGAGACUCAUCCCUUAGUCCAAGCCCAGCCAGCAGCAUUUCUUCCAGGAGUUGGUUCUCAGAUGCGUCUUCUUGUGAGUCGAUCUCUCAUGUUUAUGAUGAUGUAGAGUCUGAGCUCAAUGAAGCUGCUGCCCGAUUUACGCUUGGGUCUCCUUUAGCUUCUCCUGGUGGUUCUCCAAGAGGUUGUCCUGGUGAUGAAUCUUGGCAACCACAGUAUGGAUUUGGACACUCAUUAUCACCUAGACAGUCUCCUUGUCAUUCUCCUAGAACUAGUAUCACUGAUGAAAAUUGGCUUAGCCCUAGACCAACAUCCAGGCCUUCAUCAAGACCUACCUCCCCAUGUGGGAAGCGACGACACUCCAGUGCUGAGAUUUGUUAUGCUGGUUCACUCUCACCUCAUCAUUCACCAACCCACUCCCCUGGUCACUCUCCCAGGGGGAGUAUAACAGAAGACACUUGGCUAAAUACUUCUCUCCAUGGUGUGCAAAGUCUGAGUCCUGCACACUUUUCAUUUCAGUGCUGUGCAGAGACUGACAUCCCUCUGAAAACAAGAAAGACUUCUGAGGAUCAAACUGCCACUUUACCAGGAAAAAUAGAUGUUUGUUCAGACGACCAAACAAAUUUAUCACCAUCCCUAGAGACUACCAUAGAUGAUAGCCCUGGAUCUCAGCAUCCUUUAAAGAAAGAUGUGUCUAGUGACCAAUUUCUUUCAGUUCCUUCGCACUUUACCUGGAAUAAACCAAAGCCUGGCCAUACCCCUAUAUUUCGCACAUCCUCAUUGCCUCCUCUAGACUGGCCCUUACCAACUCAUUUUGGACAAUGUGAACUGAAAAUAGAAGUACAACCCAAAACCCAUCACAGAGCCCACUAUGAAACUGAAGGGAGCCGUGGUGCAGUAAAAGCAUCUACUGGAGGACAUCCUGUUGUGAAGCUCCUGGGCUAUAAUGAAAAACCAAUAAAUCUACAGAUGUUCAUUGGAACAGCAGAUGAUCGCUACCUACGACCACAUGCAUUCUACCAGGUGCACCGAAUCACUGGGAAGACUGUUGCUACUGCUAGCCAAGAAAUAAUAAUUGCCAGCACAAAAGUUUUAGAAAUUCCACUUCUUCCUGAAAAUAAUAUGUCAGCCAGUAUUGAUUGUGCAGGUAUUUUAAAACUUCGCAAUUCAGAUAUAGAACUUCGAAAAGGAGAGACUGAUAUUGGCAGAAAGAAUACUAGAGUGCGUCUUGUCUUUCGUGUACACAUACCCCAGCCUAAUGGAAAAGUCUUGUCUCUGCAGACUGCUUCCAUACCUGUUGAAUGCUCACAACGAUCUGCUCAAGAGCUCCCUCAGAUUGAGAAGUACAGUAUCAGCAGCUGUCCAGUAAACGGAGGUCAUGAAAUGGUGGUGACUGGAUCAAAUUUUCUUCCAGAAUCCAAAGUCAUCUUUAUUGAGAAAGGCCAAGAUGGACGUCCUCAGUGGGAAGUAGAAGGAAAAAUAAUUAGGGAAAAAUGUCAAGGGGCGAACAUUGUCCUUGAAGUUCCUCCAUACCAUAACAGAACAGUUAAAGCUGCGGUGCAGGUGCAGUUUUAUCUUUGUAAUGGCAAGAGGAAAAAAAGCCAGUCUCAACGUUUUACUUACACACCAGUUUUGAUGAAGCAGGAACAUAGAGAAGAAAUGGAUUUGUCUGCAGUUCCAUCUUUGUCUGUGCCUCAGAGUGGCAGUGUCCAAGGCCUACAUACUGUCCAGACACCAUCGCCUUCCUCAGAUCCAGGGCAACCACAUGACAGUUUAUUGCCUAGAAGUCUUGUUUGUCCCAUCCAGCAACCAUAUACAUCACUGGUGACCUCCUCAGCAUCCCAUCUGUCCCAUAUACAAAGUAGGAACAUUAGUUCUGGUGAAGAAUGUCAUGUGAUGCCUUCUGUGCUACAUCAGUCUUUUCAAGCCACAUCAGCACCUCCUGUGAGGUCUUCCUACCAGCCUAUGCAAACUAAUGUUAUGUACAAUGGACAGACUUGUCUUCCCAUUAAUGCUGCCUCUAGUCAAGGAUUUGAUGCAAAUUCAUUUCAACAGGAUACAGCUGUACCUAAUUUAAUAAAUCUUAGCUGUCAACCUCUGCCACCAAUGCAAUUUCAUUCUUCAAAUUCAGGGUCACUGUCGACAUCUGCUACAGGAGCAGGACAUCCCUUAGUACAUACAACUCGUUCAGAGCAGUCACUGCCUCACCUGCAGCCAGUGGGAUACCACCGUUCAAACACAGGACAGGCUCCUGUUACAUCUACAACAAGCCAGUCCUUGGGACAGCCUUCCCCUCACUUACAACCAGGAACAUACCAUCCUUCAAACCCUGGGUCUGCUACAACUUCCUCACCAACAGCCUCUCAUCCCUUGGUCCAUUCACCGCUAUCUGGACCCCCAUCUCCUCAGUUACAGCCUAUGCCUUAUCAGUCUCCGAGCUCAGGACCUGCUUCAUCCCCAUCUCCGACCACCAUAACUCACUCUGGACAACCCUCACCUCAAGCACACAGUCCUGGAGUGGGAGGUAUUUCUGUACCUUCGUCAUUAGUAUGUCAGCAUAGAUGUGAUUCAUCUUCAUAUCCACCUGAUGGAGCAGCAGUGAACAUUAAACCUGAACCUGAAGAUCAGGAAUUGAAUUUUGAAACCAUUGGUCUCCAAGAUAUCACGUUAGAUGAUGACCAUUUUAUUUCUGACUUGGAAUACCAGCCAUCAGGUUCAGCCAAGAAAUGGAUUCAACACAGUCAGCUCUCAUAUCCAACUCCUUUCUGGAGAACCUAGAAGGUGAAUGAGAUCAUAGGAAGAGAUAUGUCCCAGAUAUCAGUUUCACGAGGAGCAGCAGUGACAAUUCAGCCUCGUCCUGAGGUUCCGGACUCACUGGAUUCAAGAAUGUCAGAUGGAGUCUAGGAAUGGUGACCCUCAUUAACACCAGUGCACUUCCCUGAAUAACUCUGACUACCACCUCUUCUUUGACCUAUCGUGCUUCCAAUUCUGUGGCCUUCAUGAACUGGAACUGUGUAUUCUUUGCAUUGCCCCUUUUGUGGGUACGGUUUUUUGACGUAGGGACAGCAUUUCUAAAUCUUGGUCCUUGGACAAUGUAUAAACGAACUUUGUAAAAAGAAAACAAGCAACAUAGGAUAUUUGUGCUAUUUAAAAGUGAGCUUUGCUUUUUCUGCAUUUAAAGAGAAUACUUUUGUAUCAGGGGUGCUUUAAAAGUGUGAAGGUGUGCUCUGAUAAUCCCAGGCUGCCCUGAAUUUGAAGAAAGAUCUAGUCUGCCUUCUAUAUGCAGCUUUUUUUAGGCAAGCUUCAUAGAAUAGUUAGGAAUGGUUCCUGCUGCUUCUUGUCCUUAGAAAGGCCUUUCAGCUUUGAUGUUUUUUAAAAAAAAAACCAUUGAUAAUAAAACCUGCCAGGGGCAAAGAGACCCACCAGCCAAAGCCUCUGCAUAAAAAUGACGUCGUGGGGGAUACUGUAGAUUGAUAGGAGGUAAAGUGAAAUGUAGCUCUGCACUUCUUUAUAAAUGUAAAGUGUUGUUUGAUAAAUUGAGAAGAGACCAUUCCAUCAUUUCAGGUGUUGGGAUAGAAAUGACAUUCCAAAAUGCAAACUCUUUGUAACUUUACAGGUAAUCUCUUCCCAUAUUCUUCUCACAUAGACUCCAUGCUGAAAUUGUUUUCUUUAUUCAGAACCUCUCAGAAAGUGUACAUUGACAGUCCUAUAUAUAAGUUGGGAUUUUAACUGAAAUUCUCUCAUUUUCAAAACCACUUUUUCUUAAGAGAAAAUAAGGAAGUAUUUGCAGAUGCUUUCUUGGUCUAUUCUUGCUAAAGUUCUUCUUUGCAAUUCACUCCUCUCCAGAGACAGCUUUCUGUAAGCUAGGCUGCACAGAAAUUCUGAUUCUGAUUUUAGGAGUUUCCUGGUGUUGACUUCAGGUUCCUCCCCUAAGGACCUAUCUAGAGGCAGUCAGGAUCACUCUACCUUCGAAUUCAAGUGUAAAAGUUGUAUUGGUAAGAGCAAGGAGAGCAUGAGAAUAAUGGAUUAAGAACUAUUUUAAAUAAAUUAGGACAAAACAAUGAAACUUGCCUCCUAGAAGAAUCUAAGGAGAUGAAUCUCUGUCAAGCUGGCCUUGCAGGCCAAGGGCUGCCACACAGUCUUGAAAUGGUUCCUUUUACUUCUGUAUUCUGAACUAAUUCCAACAUUACUUCCAUCUAUGUUAAUAGCAUAAAUUUUAUUUUAAUCUAAGUGGCUUUUUCUUUGGGGUGGUGGAAAUAGUAGCUGACUUCAUCCUCGAUAGGACAAAAUUUUUAAAGAACUUUUUUCCAGGUGGCAGGCACAUUGUAAAGCUAGCUUCAGCUAAGUCUAGGAGGACAUUGUUUGGGACUCAGUUGUUCCCAGGGUAUUUAGUUGCCAUGGAAUGUAGUAUAAGUUAUUUUCCACUGUUAGGUAAGUGCAGCUUCACACAGGGAAAUUGUUUCUGCUGUGGCUGACUUCAUUUUGGGGUGAUUCCCACUAACUUAAUAAUCAAGCACUUCUCAGUAAGGAGGCAAAGUAAUCCAUGAAGGGUGACUAGAUCUAACCUGGUUGCUGGGUGCACUUUGAGAGAAGUAAAUACAACAUUCCUGGGGUUGAAUACUCCCCUCAUCUCUCUUCAAGUUAAAAGAAGUUUGUUGUUUUUAAACAUUAUUUGCCUGUGAUAUUUUUUAGAAUGGGCUUGCCAUUUAAGGGGGAAAAAAUACUUCCCCUUGUGAAUUGUCAUCAAAAGUUCUUUUAUGAUCAUCAUAGGGGACUCUUUGAAGUUAGUUUUUGUAAUUUCAAGAGUGGGUUUGCUUUUUUGGAUGGUUUGGUUUUAUCUUCCUUAAUGAGUACUGUUCACCUUUCCACUGCUGACCAGCCUGCCCUUUCAAGAUGAAAGUCACUGAAGGCAUACCCAGCUAGCUCUGUCUGGGCUGUCCUUACCCUGGUUAUAUAUUUAAAGAAAAGAUUCAUAAAUGGUCAUGUUUUUGCUUCCUGAAGCUACUCACCUACUUUUGGCAAGUUUCAUAACUGUGAAUAAUCUGUCUUGAAGGACCUUUAGUGGGGAUCUCCUGGAGUAAGGAACUUGUUACUCUUAGUGCACAGGGUUCCUUCUAAAGCUCCCAGGCCCAGAAAGCUGCUGGGAACCCUCUCAGUUGUAGUAAUCCUUCGUGUUCCUCACCCAAUUGAGGCGCUCUGCAGUAGGGCCAGUAUGAAAGCCUGUACAAUCCCAAGUUUGCUAUGCACUAAAUUUUCUGAUGCCUUUAAAUACCUUGAUGCCUGUAGAUCUAGAAAAUGUAGACCUACAUAAAAUAAAAAUACAGCUUUGGAUAUUAUGUAAACAAUUUUGUAUCUGCCUUUUAAAAGCUUCAGUAUAGGGGUCAUAAUAUUUUUGUGGCUUGUAUCCUAAAGACUGUUAAAAACCUUGUGCAAUGUAAUGAUAUAAAAAGCACACAACCCUCCAUUGUUGGGCUAUGCAAAUGGAAGUCUUCACAGAACCCUGGGCUAGCCUGGUGGCAGCCAUGAGAGGGGAGGUAGCAAACCUUGUACAAGUCUGGAGACAGCCACCUUGGAGGGUGGGGGGAGGAAGCCCAUGGAUCUUCUGUGCAUUUGACAGGUGGGCUGUGAGGAAUCUUCUGAAAAAUAAAUCCCCAAAGUGUCCAUUAGUUUUCUCCUGGUAACCUUUUGACCAGGUCAGUGGAACUCCUUGGCAAACCAAAGAGAAAAAGGGACUGAGGGCAGAACUGCCCCCAUGCUUUGAAACUAUUUUUGAUAUUCAGAAUGGACGUCAUUCCUUGAGGCUUAGAGAUGGGUCCGCAAACUUUUAUAUUUAAAGAAAAGAUUCAUAAAACUGUGCUAGAUUAUGUUUACAGAGCUACGUAUUGUAAUUUCAUGUACAUUUUGUAUUUCAAACAUUUUCUAAGUUUGAUGAUUGCAGUGCUACUUGCAUAAAACAAAGGGAAGAACUAGUAUUUGAGAACUAGUAUUUGAGGCUUUUCAAUCAUAGUGCUGAAAUAAAUGAUGAAAGAUCUU